AAUGUUUACUGUAAAACCAACUGAAAAAAUGACAACAACUUUACUUCUUGAUACAACUAAGACAAGUCCAGUAGUUGAUACUACUAUUCCAACAACAACCGUGCAAACUUCAACAAGUCAUAUAGAAACGUGGUCAUUCGAAAAAGAAUUGGAUGAUACUUCAAUAAUAUCUGGAAAUAGUUUCUAUUCAACUUUAAAAUGGAAGAGGAUGACAAUUGGUAUAAAGGUUAAUGAAAAGUAUCUGCCGGUUCUACGUUAUCCUUAUCUUAAUGACUUUUGGAACUUAAUAAGAAUUAAUAAUUUGCCUAAAGAAUUUCAAUUUGUCUUUACGGUGCAAAAGACUUUUAAUUCUAAUAUUAAAGUAAAUAUUGGUAUUGAUCAAGUUCAAUUUCAUUCAAAAGGCUUUUGUAAUGGAGCAUCUAAUGAUAUGCAAGAAUUGAAUAAUAUUAAUUGCAAUUUCAAGUUGAACACUUGUGGAUAUUAUACGCAGUUUUCAUAUAAACUUACAGCCGGCCUUACUUGGCAUAGAGAUAUUUACAGAGGUCAAUAUGUACUAGCUGCUUAUCCUUUAUAUACGACUCAUGAAUCUCUUGAAACUAAAUUAUAUUCACCUAAAUUUAAAUUACAUAAAGAUAAUUGCCUAAGAAUCUCUGGUACAAGAAUAAAAGGGGCAACUAUAAUACUGAAUAUUAAUAUGUACAAUCCAAAUGGAAUUUCAGCGCCUUUGAAAAAUAUCGUUUUUAAUAAACAUACACCAGAUACAGUUGGUUAUAUAGAAAUACCAAAGAUUUACGUUCAAUUUAGCAUUUCACCAUUGAAAAGUGAUGACAAACCUAGUUUGUUAUUCAUUAUUUCUAUAUCUUUAUUAAAUGAUUCUUGUCCUGUUAAGCGCAAUGAUGCAACUUUUGAAAAGAAGUUAUGCUCUUUUGAUAAAGAUAUAUAUACUGAAGCUUAUUUACUUGCCAAUGCUCAGGAUGGAGUGCAUUCGAAUGACGUAGCUAUUGUCGAGUCUCCUUUAAUAAGUGAUACAGGAUAUACUUGCUUGUAUUACUCUUAUACGAUAUCAGCAGUUCAUAAUACAAUAAUAGCAAUCUCUGUAAAUAUCUUAGAUAGUAAUAAUACAUUUAGAACACUUUCAUCGGUUGAAAAGGCUACUAAUUCCGCAUGGUAUACCAAAAGAACGGAUAUUUUCUCAGAUAUAUCUUACAAGAUAAUUAUAAAAGCGGCAAUUUUAUCUAAAGGAAGAUACGCACAUAUUAGAAUAGAUAAUAUUGGUACAAGCAGAUCAAGAUGCUACAAAGAUGAAUAUUAUAAAGUUUCCCCGACUUGUGACUUCAACAAAGAUCUUUGCGGCUACGAAUUAGCCAACAAGUUAGAAAGCUCUUUUGAAUGGGAUCGCUCAAAAUUAAAUACAACAACUGAUAACAUAGCAUUAAGAGUUGUCCAAUCAGAAUAUACUUCAGGAGAUGUUGCAACAUUAAUAUCACCAGAAAUAGGAAUAAAAAAUUCAAAUAAAUGCGUCUACUUUGAUACAUAUUUCAUCAAUGAAAAGUACAUUGUUUCUAAUGAAACCUUUUUAAGAGUUUAUCAACUUUUAGAUGACAAUAGGAAUCGAGAAAAUAUAUUAAAUAUUUCAAGAAACACUUGCUACAAACGUUAUUAUAUAAAUUUAACGAAACACGUCUCAAAGAUUAUUUUUGAAGCUACAUCAGUGUCUAAAAAUGAGGAAACUUUCUUUAUCGAUAAUAUUUUGUUCAAAACUGGUAAUUGCGUUGAAGAAAAUGAAGCUAUGUGCACCUUUGAAAAUGGUAUAUGUUAUGAAUAUUCUGUUAAAACAACUCAUAAUGAUAACUGGAUAUGGAAGAUUGAAGAUGAAAGUGACUUUCUCGGAUUUCAAUUACUAAAAUGUAACAAGAUAAUAUCUGUAAGAGACAAUUCCGCUAGUAUCAAUUCAGCUACAACAUUGACAACAAGCUAUAUUAAUGCAACGAAAAAUCAUUGCAUAUCUUUCAAUUUUCAUGGAGGAAGGUAUCAAAGACCGUUGAUGGUUUAUAUAGAAGUUGAAAAUGGAAUAGUUUCAUGUUCGUAUAGAGUGAGACAGUUAGAUAAAAUUUGGAAAGUUGGAUAUAUUCUGGAUCUACCUCAAACUAAUGCAUUUAGGAUUCACUUUAAAGCUGUUAAAGGAGGAUUUAAAGACGAAAUUUUUGCUAUCGAUGAUCUGAAAUUUGCCGAUAAAGAAGUUUGCCAAAACUUUACAAACAAUCAUAUGAAUAGUAUUGAUUGUAGAUUCCAGAAUGAUAUGUGCGGAUAUUCUACAAACGAAGCACUUUAUCAAGGAUUUUCUUGGUUUAAAUAUGCUAUAGGCGAAAACCAUCACCUCAGAAUUCAAGGCUAUAAUAAUGAUACUACAGAUCAAAUUGCUAGAUUAAUCUCUCCGAAAAUGAUUAAUCCUAUAUCAAAGGGUAAAUGUUUGUACCUUAACCUUAAGAAUAAAUACAAGCAUAGCGAAGUCUUUAUUAAAACAUACUUUAAAUUUAUUAAUGAAACAUUUUGGAGUAUUCCUGAACAAAAGUAUAAAGAUUCAUGCAAUUUUAAUAGUAUCAUCUAUUACCAUAUUGACAAACCUGUCGUACAAGUCAUGUUGGAGAUUAAAUCUUUAGAUAUUAAAAAUAAUAUCAUUACAUUAAAUACCAUCAAUGUAGAAUAUUGCAACGGUAACGGAAACUAUUCCGACAAUCGAAAUUGCGAAGAAGAUAGUUUGAAAGAUAAACUUACAUUAGGAAGUAAUAAAAUUCAAUCGAGUGAUUUAUCUUGGCAGGUAUCUUUGGAACUCCAAGAUUAUGAGUCGUUCAGUCAAAAAUGUAGUGGUACAAUUGUUCAUAAUAGAUAUAUUUUAACGCCGGCCAAAUGUAUUAGCAGAAAUACCGAUAGAAUAAUCAUUAGAUUUGCAAAAUCAAGCAUUCCUGUUGAGGUUAUCCACAAGAAAGAUAUAGUAUUUUAUGCUUCUAAAUAUGAAUUUCUUAAUGUUGCUAUAAUAAGGUUACCGAGAUCUUUAAUAGCAAACUUUCCAAUAAAUCCUAUUUGCCUACCAAAAACUACUGUCUUACUGAAUGAAAGCUCUCAGUGUUUUCACGUGGAAUUGAUGAACAAUGGAACGAAUUUGAUCAAUUGGAGAAAAGUCAUUGAGCGAAAUGAAUGUAAUAGAGUAAUGGGUAAUACUACCGACAGACCAAAUUUUGUUUGUGCCUCUUCAAAGAAUCCUUCUAAUAAAACUACGGAAAGUUAUUGUAAAGUCAAAGGCUUUGGAGAUCCUUUAAUUUGUUUGAUAAAUGAUAAAUGGUUACUUUUUGGCAUAAAAAAUUGGAUUCCAUCAAUAUGUGAAUGGGAUUUUAAUGUUUACUCUCAUAUUUCAAGCAAUCUAGAAUGGAUAAAUCGCUCUAUUGACAGAGAUUUAAAAUGUACCGAAAGCUGUGUUAUUCCUAAAGAUUUCUUAUUGUUUUGCGACUUUGACGAUUCUAUCUGUGGAUUUGUGGUGAAGAGCUACCCUAAUAAUGAUAUUGUCAAAUGGACAAGAUCCGUAACUCAAGCUGAAGACAAUUGUCCUGAAAGUUUCUUAAUGGCUCAAGUACUAAAAGUGAGCGCUCAGAGUGUUGCUCUAGCUGAACUACCAGUUGUUGACCUUAUAGGAGAUCUAUGCUUAAUUUUUAAGUAUAAGAUUAAGCAGUUGGUCGACUCAACAGUAUCCUUAUCAGUUUAUAUCAAAUUUGACGAAAAUGAACCAAUUCCUUUAAUAUUUUUUGAUAAGAAUACCAAUAAUCUUUGGAAGAAAAGCGAGAUUAGGAUUAAUAAUAAUUCGAAAUUUAAGAUAAUCUUCAAAGCAUCAUUAAAUUAUGAAAAUACUAAUUAUAUCUUAUUAGAUAAAGUUGGAAUAAGAGAAGGAAUAUGUCCAAAUUCUCCAUUAACUAGUACAGAUAAUUCUAUUGACUGUGAAUUCCAAAAUGGAAUGUGCGGUUAUAGUUUGAAAAACAAUUUAAAAAGUCCAUUUGAAUGGCAAUAUGUGAAAAUUUCUACAGAAUUGAACAAAUAUGGUUUAAAGUUAACUUCUUUCACAGGACAUUCUGAAUCUGUGACAGAAAUUUUAUCAUCACUAAUUCAACCAUCUCAAAAUGAAAAAUGUCUCUCUAUUAAUAUUUAUGGAAAAAAUCGAUUAUCUUACUUAAAAAAUAUUAUUCAUGAAUUAUACGUAAAAGAAAAUGAUAAGAUAAGAAAAUAUAGAAAUUUAUGUAAUUGGGAUGUAAAAAUGUCAAUUGGUGGAAAUGUUACCCAGAUAAUACUCAAGGCAAAGUUAAAGUCAAAUUAUUUUAGAGAAGAUAUUUUUAUUGAUAAUAUUAAGAUAAGAAAUGUUCCUUAUCAUUUAUUUUGUACUUUUGAACAAGACUUAUGUAAUUAUACCAUCGUUCAAUAUAAUGUUGGAGAAAGUAAGAAAUUCGUCUGGGAAAUAAAGGAAAUUGAAGAGUGUUCAAGAGGAAAUAAAGUUUUAGCUCCAAGAUCCUUUGUAGGAUCUCGUGGCGAUACUACAACAGCAACUACACCAAUUGUUAACAAUGAUAGAAACUUAUGCUUAUUUUAUAAAUAUCAAUUGACUUCCUACUACUCUAAAAUCUCUUUGACAGUCUAUGUUAAAGAAGAGAAUGGUAAGAUAACUCCCCUUAACUUUCAUGUUGAAAAUACUGCUCCAAAUUGGAAAGCUGGCGAAACCUAUUUACCAAGUGGAAACAUAAGUAUUAUAUUCAAAUCGAUUCUAUACGCACAAUACGGCAGUAAUGUAAUGAUAGAUGAUAUUGAAUUUAGGUCUUGUAACCUUAUUAGGCCAAAUGAGAAAAAUGAUUCACUAUCCUGCGAUUUUAAUAAUGGAAUGUGUGGCUAUGAAUUUGAAGUAGAUUUUUCAAGUUCAAUCGAAUGGCAUUUAGUUGAAACUCAAAAAAAGAAUUCUGUAAUACGUUUAAUAAAUGUCUAUAAUUCUAAAAAGAAACAAAUUAGACUAUUUUCACCAAAAAUUCAACCAUCUAGAGAGGAGAGAUGUCUUUUCUUUCAAAUGCAUCAUAUCGUUGAAAAUGAUCAACAGUUUUCUCCAUUUUUCGUUGUAUACGUUUAUCAAAGAACAAGCGAAGAGGAGAAUUUGAAAUUUUUUUCAGAAAUCCAAUCGAAUAAAGGAUGCAAUCAUUUUAUUCAACUGAGAGAAAAUGUCGUCCAAUUUUCAUUUGAAGUUCAAGGACAAUUGUUAAAAGAGGAAAUUACACUUCAUCUAGACAAUUUUAAUUUAAUCUAUUCAAAAUGCCCAAAUGAUUUAACGAAUGAUUUGCAUUACUGCGAUUUUUCAAGUGAUAAUUGUAACAAUUCGUAUAUGAUGGUUGAUUCUGUUGAUGGAUAUCCGAAUGAGGUUACAGUAUUAAGGUCGCCUUUAAUAAACAAAGUCGAAGAAGCUUGUCUUAUAUUUGAUUAUAAAAUGCCUAAUAAACUACAAGGAUCAACUUUAUCGGUAUAUAUUCAAUACGAAAAUAAAGAAUUAGAUUAUAUUAUAUCAUAUAAUCACUUUACAAACGAUGAUUGGAUAAAAGAAAGAUUAAUAUUAAAACCUAAGCGAAUAUAUCAAGUUUUGUUUAAAGUUAUUCAAUUUCAACUAUUUUCCGGUAAUAUCUAUAUUGAUAAUAUAAUUAUAUCAAAAUCGGAAUGUCACAAUCCUUCAAAUUUUGGAUACGAUAGUAAAAAUAUUAUAUAA